CUUCGAUUUAUUGACUUAUUGCCUCCUUAUUGGGUGCUUGAUGUGCUGUCAGGUGUUACAGUGGCAGUUGUACUUUAUGAAUGAAUGAUAGAAAAUGUGACAACAGCUCACACUUCUCUGGAAGAGCUCAGGGCAGAUUGAAACCCGAGAGACUUUGUAGUAACCUGACGCAAAAUGUUUCCAAUAAACAUCAUUGAGACCUAGCCUGCGUUUCUGUGUAUGUUUAAGUGAAAUAUAAAGUGGAUUUAGUAAAAAGAACCCAAACCACAGCACACUCCAGCUGCAGCUUCUUUUUUUUCCUCCUGUGGCUCGUUUGUGUCUCCACAUUAUUGAUUCCCAGAGGCUGCUGCAUGCUGCUGCUGGCCAAUGGGCUCCUGAGACAGAUUUUUUUUUUCAAAUGGAUGGGAGCAGAUGAAGGGAUGAGAUUCGUGUAACUUUUGGAUGACCCCUUCUUGACAAAGACAGUGUCCAUCAAUUGUCCUCAGUCAUUAUUCGCUGCUUUUAUGCCGUGGGGCUUUUUGUAGCUUUUGUUGCUCUCUCUGUUGAACACCAUGACUGCAGGUUAAACCUUUAGAAACUGAAAUAUUUUCAUUUCUGCGUGGAUAAAACGCCCUUAUGAACAACCAGACAUUCUUUAUUUAUUUUUUAUAUAAUUUUUUUAAUCAAAUUAAGGAAAGUAAAUAAAAUGUUUUUUUGUUUGUUGGUUUUUCGGCAGUUGUUUUAAACUCGAAGCUGCACGCAGAUGUUUCAGGGAAGUAUCUGAUUUUUUUUUCUCUCCAGGGUCUAAUUUUGGUCCAUGUGAAGUCAGAUAAAAUUGCUUUUAGUUGUAUGUUUACCCGUGUAUGGACCAGCAUCACCUCCAUUGGCCAAUCUGGUCACAUGGUUCGCUAACUUUAUUCAGUUGACACCAAGUAGGAGGGCUUUAUGGAGGGAGGAAAAAAAGACAACUCGAGAAAAAUUAGUAUUUUCUACCUUCAGAAAUUAAUGGCCAUGAGUUCGUUUAUGGUGAACUCUAAGUAUGUGGAUCCCCAAUUUCCUCCGUGCGAGGAAUAUUCACAAAAUAACUAUAUACCUGAGCAGGGCUCGGACUUCUACAGUCCAUCGCAGGACUCAGACUUUCAGCAUCCAGGGAUCUACCCCCGGUCAAACUACACGGAGCAGCCCUUCAGCUGCAGCACUGUGCCGGACUCUGGCGUGCAGCAGCCCCGGGGUCAUGUGCAAGACAAAUCCGGCCACUCGAGCCCUUUUGGCGGACAGACUGAGCAGGGGCCCCCCGUGCAAGUGGCUGGACCCCGGACUUGUGGACAGCAGCAAAACACAAAGAGCCAAAAUGGGAUACAAGCCAAGCAGCCUGCAGUAGUUUACCCCUGGAUGAAGAAAGUCCACGUAACUACUGUGAACCCGGACUACACAGGACCCGAGCCCAAGCGGUCUAGGACAGCUUAUACCCGGCAGCAGGUUUUAGAGCUGGAGAAGGAGUUUCAUUUUAACAGGUAUCUAACCAGGCGGCGGAGGAUCGAGAUCGCCCACACUCUUUGUCUGUCCGAAAGGCAGAUCAAAAUCUGGUUUCAGAACAGACGCAUGAAAUGGAAGAAAGAUCACAAACUGCCCAACACCAAGGGCAGAUCAGCACCAGCCUCCAGCCAUCUGCAGAGCAUGCAGAAGGACAACCAGACUGACAUCACAGCAUUAUAAGAGAGGAACAGAUUAAGAGUGAACUGUACAUAAAGAUGACUGAGGGUUGCAUCUGACUUUUGCAUGGACUGAUGUCGGUUGUUUUUUUGUUUUUUAGGAUUUUUUUUAUUGUUAUUAUUAUUUAACAAAAAUGACCCCAGCAGUGUUUCCUCAAGACUGAGUCAGAAAAUCAAUCAGUCCUGAGAUUUGUAAAUUGAGCCUUUUAUUUGUUCUAAUUUCGUCAAAAGGCUCCAAAAACCUUGGAAGAUUUAUUUUUCGUUUUCCUCUUUCCUUUUUUAUUUUUUGGACGUUUUUACCCUGAGGACAUUGAAUGAGCACCCACGGCUGAUUUCAUGGAUUUAAACGAAAUGUUUCUGCUCCUCUCACGUGGACUCACGCUGGUCUCAAAAAUUUUAUUCAGAACAGGGAAACCCUUUCGUUCAAAUUACACACACGCAAACAAUUUUUUUUUGUCUUUUCAAAGACGUCACAUUUAACGCACAAUAUAUACUUGAAGGAAACAUUAUUUCCACACAGCACGCCUAAGACACAACCUUAUUUCGUGACUUACAAAAAUCCCUUUUGAAUCUUCCUCGUACACGGUUCUAUGUGACUCGUUUGUUUUAACUUAUUUUGUACAAUAAAGCUUUGAUUUUUUUCAUAGCCUAGAUAUAAUUCCCCAAAAAGCAAGACAUUCCUGUGUGCAUACUCCUCUGAGUGCCCUUAUAAAUCUCUCUGACACCUUUGUAAACAGUGUACAUGCCAUCUGAAACUAAUAUAAAACAGCAUUUGUUCCUGCAUGGCACCAGAUUGAUAUUGGAUGUUUCUCAUCGGAAAUAAUCAAAUAUUGGACAUUUCUUUUAGGAGUAUUUGUUUAUUUCUCUUAAUAUGACUUUUUUUUUUACGUUAUUAUUUAUUUGUUUAAAAACGUGUACAUUUUCGUAUAGCACACAUACAAAUUUAAUUAAAAAAAAUAUUCGUUAAAUUUUAAUUAAUCUAAAAUAUGUUUGAACUUUUGUGCAUCAUUCGCAUGGCUGUAUGCAAAGUUUUAGUCUUAGUUCAUGUGGGAAUCUUCCAGUUUUUCAUUGACACCGAGCUAACCGAGGGGGGCUUUCACGUCACGUUUCAAGACAGAUAUUUCUUUAUUUUAGACCUUCAUUGUCUCUCGGAACAAAACAAAAAGGCCCAGAAGCUCCUCUUCUUCUUCUUGUAUACGUGGAGGUCUUCUUUCUGAAGUCUUCUCCAUGAGAGGCUUGAAAAGGUAUUUGAAGCGAAGGUCGACAAAGCAGCAGUGGCAGGUUCAUCCAGGGGACACAUUUCAGCCGCGAGGACUGACCCUAACACCCCUGACCCGCCGGACAGGCAGCAUUUUCUCUCCCAGGCGCUGCAAGCUUUGCUCUGGAGGCUUUUUUUCCACACUUAGAAGACUAAAGCAUUCAAAGCACGAUUCAGUGUUUGAAUUUCACGGUUUUACACGUGUUUCAACAGUAUUUAAAUAAGACGAAGCCCCCAAAAAGGUUCUAAUUGUGCAUUUGUCUCCUCAUGUCAAUAUGCAAUCUUUUUGGUUUUAUUUUUGUACAUGCUUUCUACCUUGUAUUGUGCAUUGAGAUGCGAGAAGUAUAU